AUUCAUUGAGCUCCAACACUUAAAUUCUUCACUUUAACAACUAUGUUUUUGUAGUAUUCUUUCGAACGAUUAAGUGUUUAUCGAGUACUUUUCUAGGGAUUUGAAAGCGGUCAAAGUUACCGUUCGUUUCAAACUGCCUUCAUGUAUCGGCCUCGGUUCUUCCGGUGCUUACUGUGUAUGCAUUGCUGCAGCGCUGCUGCAAAUUUCAGGUCUUAUUCCUAAUCCUUCCCUUACAACUGAGUACGAAAACAGUUCCACUUGGAGUGCUACACAUCUAGACACCAUUCAAAAAUGGGCCGCUUGUGCCGAAUCAUUGAUUCACGGUCGGGCGUCCGGCUUAGAUGCGGCUAUUUGUACAUAUGGCGGAAUCGCGAGUUUCAAAAUGGGCUGUGGAAUUCAGCGCGUUGAAAAUCUACCGGAAUUGAAGGUGCUGCUCGUCAACUCGAAAAUCGAGCGUAAUACGUCCCGCAUGGUGACGCUUGUGAAAGAGAGGUUUAAAAAGUUCCCCGAUGUCGUCGAGAACAUUUUCAAUGCUAUCGAUGCCGUAUCGAGAGAAGCAGUGGCAAUUUUGUCGCACGGUCCACGCCAGCAGCAGAAGAGCACAUGUACAGACGAAGAGCAUUUCAAUCUGCAGGUAAGCGCGAACAAUCUUGACUGCAUGCCGUUUGAUCACAAUGCUAUGCCCGACGUAUAUGGCAUGGAUUGA